UGACCGCUUUGAUUCAUUUGCUGAUUUUGAAUUAAAGUUACAAGAGUACUGUGAAGAAAAUAGUCAUCCCAUACACUACAGAAGUAGUCACAAGCUUAAGCUUGAUGACAGCAAAGCUGAAAAGUUUAUUUAUAAUGAUCUUCUUAUUACAUGUGUACACUAUGGGAAACCACGCCCAAGCAAAGUGACAACUUGUAGACCGCAUCAAACAAAACUUGCCAUUGACUGUUCAAUAAAAAUUAGAUUACAGCUGAAAUGUUAUGAUAGUAAAACAGGCAGUUUUGCUUUAGAGGUGACUUAACUAGAAGAGGCCCACAAUCAUCCAACAAGUGAAGAAUUAUUUUGUUGCUAUCCUAGGAAUAGAAAGAUGACAACGCAGGAGGAAAAACUUAUAAUAAAAUUAAUAAAUGCUAAUGUCACCCCAUUACAGAUAAAACAAAUAUUGCAUUUAGAUGGGCACAUGAAAUGUGUGACUAGUCAGGAUUUACACAACUUAAAAGCUAGGAAUAAAAAAGUUGAGCGUAGUAAUAAUAAUGAAGGACAGUUGCUGGUAGAUGCUGUUAACAAACUUUUAGAAAAAGACGAUGGUGGUUCAGUUUCUAUUCUUCUAAAGGAUGAUGAGUUACAAGCUUUAUGUUGGCAAACUAGUGUGAUGAAAGAGAAAUAUAAAAGAUAUGGUGAAGUAAUUUUUGUGGAUACUACUUACAAAGUUAAUAUUGAACGAUUUCCACUAUUAGUUUUUUUAGUAGAAGAUGGUUUAGGAUUUGGAGUGCCAGUUUUAUUUGCUUUUGUUCAGCAUGAGACUAUAGACAACUUCAAAUGGGUUGUGGAAUGGUUUUGUACACAAAAUAAUAACAUCAUAACUAAAGUUAUUAUUGUGGACAAAGAUAUUGGGUUAAUAAAUGUUUUGAGUCCUACAUUCUUGCAUUCAUCAGUGUUGCUGUGUCGUUUUCAUGUAAUAAAGUACAUCAAAAAAGUUGUCAUACAGUUGUCUGUACCUCCAUCAACUAAAUGUGAGCUGAUGAAUUUGAUAUUAAAAAUGGUAUAUGCAAACUCAGAAGCUGAUUACCAUGAAGCAUAUGACAGUACAGUGAAUAAUCAUGAGUUUCCUGAAUCCUUUAAAACAUAUUUUUUAAACAAUUGGCAUUCAUGUAAGGAACAAUGGUGUACAGCUUACCAAAAAAAUAAGUUAACACUUGGUAGCAACACUAACAAUAGAAUUGAAAACUUUAAUCGACAGUUAAAAAAAAUUAUCAAACCUAAUAUGCAUUUGUCUGAAGCCAUUAAAAGACUUAAUGAUACCACAUUGAACAUUUCCAGUGACAAGGGCUAUAAACAAUACAGAGAGAUAGGUGUUCGAACAGUUGCCACAUCUGGAAUGCCUAAAGAAAUUGGACAGUCACUAACAAACUUUGCAACAGAUUUAGUCUCCUCGCAGUUUCUAAAGUAUUCAACCAAGGAAAAUGUUGAAAUGGUUUUGCACAAUAAAAUUGAUAUACUUUUGACCAAAGACAGUUGCCAGUAUAUCAUUAGCAAUGACUUCACUGAUUGCACCUGUUCAUUUUUUAUGAAUUUUCCGUUACCUUGCUGGCAUAUUUUUUGUGCAAGAGAUUUUAGAAACAUGUCACUGUUUGACAAUAAACUAGAAAUGACUUUGCCAUCAAGGUGGAAAAAAACUGAAGUUUUAAAAGAUUUUGCGAGAUCAGAUCAUUUUUCAACAUUAGACAUAUCACAUGUUGACCACAAAUCACAAAAAAAAAAACAAUUAAAAAAUUGUAAGUAUGAAGAAGAACGAUAUAGAACUGCUCACACAGAAACUGAGGCUUUAGCUUGUUACCUUGCAACUUGUGGUGGAGCAGACUUUGAACAAAAGUUAUCACAAGUAAAACACUCGCUUAAUCUGUGGCAAUCAGGCAACAUAAUUGAAAUUACAUCAAUUCCUUCAACUAAUAGUAUUCUGUCAGAUUUAAAGUUAUCGUCUUCUAAUGAUGAAUAUGACCAGAAAAAAGUAAUUGAAAACACAAAAGAAAUACUAAAUGUCAAUAUAGACACAACAUCAGGUUUGCAAUUGAUAAACAGUGGUCUGCAAGACAAUGCAAGUGCAUCAGAAUCUAUUAAACAAUCAGAUAAAAAUAACUAUGUAAUACCUGAAAUAAGAUCUUUAAGAGUGCCAGCUGUCAUAAGAUUGAAAGGACGGCCAAGAGGUAGAAAGCCAUGUAACUCUUUUUCAUUGCCACCUUCUAUAUCAAAACAAAUAGCUAAAUCAAGAAAGCAAGCAAAAGCAAAAACAAUCAAUGUGACAAACAUUUCUGAUGUUCUCUAUGAGAGGAUUUUGUGUAGUAAGAUGUUGUCUGACAUUGAUAUAAAUGCAGCACAAGUCAUUUUUAAAAAUCAGUUUUCAUCAAUACAGGGAUUACAGGACACUUUAUUGGGACAAACUUUAACAUACGAUAUAAUGCCACAUGAAAUGAUUCAAAUCUUGCAUGACGGUAACCUACAUUGGUUGCUAGUUAGCACUUUGAACUGUUCCCCUGGACAUAUAAAAAUAUGA